AAUCCAAACUAUGUUCAUUACCUGACUGCAGCGGAAGAGUCUACACUGACUGAUCAUGGCGAACAGCAACUCCAACUACGGAACAAACAUCAUAAACAACGAUGAGUUGAGGAUCGUGAUGGUGGGGAAGACUGGGAUUGGGAAGAGCGCCACUGGAAACACCAUUCUGGGUCGACCGUGCUUUGAAUCCAAAUGCAGCGCCAAUUCCCUGACUGUUGACUGCUCUAAAGUCUCCAGUAAUGUGGAUGGACAGCAGGUUGCCGUCAUCGAUACUCCAGGUCUGUUUGACACCAGAUUUGAUGAAGAUAAAACCAGAAAAGAUCUGAGUCAGUGCGUCCGAUAUGCCGCUCCUGGACCCCACAUCUUCCUGGUGGUCGUUGCGGUGAGCAGAUUCACAAAGGAAGAAAAACAAUCAGUACAACUGAUUAAGGAAACAUUUGGAGAGGCAGCAAACAAAUACAGCAUGGUUCUGUUUACCCGUGGAGACGACCUUGAUUCCACCAUCGAAGAGUAUUUGUCUGAAAGUCUAGACCUCCAGGAUCUGGUGUCCAGAUGCAACGGCCAGUAUCAUGUCUUCAACAAUAAGCUGAAAGAUAAGAAACCUCAGGUCACUGAGCUGCUGGAGAAGAUCAGAACCAUUGUUGACAGGAAUGGAGGAAGUCAUUACACCAAUGAGAUGUUCCAAGAGGCUGAGAGGGCGAUCGAAGAGGAGAAACAACGCAUCCUGAAGGAGAAAGAAGAAGAAAUACGGAAAGAGCGAGAAGAAUUGGAGAGAAAAAUACAAGAAAAGUAUGAGAAAGAGAUGAAGAAAAUUAAUGAGCAAAUCCAGGUUGAGAGAGAAAAAGAGAAGAAGGAGAGAGAGGAAGAGAGGAAGAGAGAGAAGGAGGAGAUGAAUGAGGAGAGAAAGAGAGAAAUGGAAAGGAGAGAGCUAACUCUUGCAAAAAUUAGCUCAACUGCAAUGGCGCGGAGGAAGAUGUCCGAUGUGGAGGCGCUGGAAGAAAUAUUUCGGAACGAUGUUGAGCUGGAAGACCCUUCUGAUAGCUGGUGGGAUUCGGACGAGGAGGAAGAGGAAGAGCCGGACACAGCUGACAGACUUGAUCUUGGUGAUGUGUAA